AAAGAAUAGAUUAAUGCAUUUCUUAAAUAUUUAAAUAAUGUGUUUAUUACAAUUAAUGUAAGAGUUGGCUCAUAUAGAAGUAAACCAUAGCAUGCCACAGGUAGCUAUCGCUGCAGCCCUGGUUAGGCGCUUCGAUUUAUUUUGCCCAACUUACAAUUCUGCAUUUUAUCAAAUUGGAUUGUUUACCAAAGUCAAAAUUAUUAAUUACUCAAAGAUAGCAUGGAAAUUGUAAAACGGACAUUUUUACGUGCUUGUAUAAAUCACAGCUGUCUUGAUCAUGAUCAAAUUAAUAAGAUAUUAACACCGCUCUGCGAUCAGCAUCAAGUGACAAAACCCGCGAAUCAGGAGGCUCUGCACGAAUUCGCAAAGAGCAUCGAAAAUACGAUAAAAGAUCUUAAUCAAUCGUUGACCUUUAUGGUUCAUCCUGUAACUGGCAAGGAGUAUUUGGUAUUUGCUAUCACUGAUGCAACUCCUGAUAAACAAAAUCAUCCGGGUCUGACAGCAGAAGAAUGUUUUUAUUUUUCCAUUCUAUUGGAAAAACUUGCCCAGCAGGAGGACUGCCACAUAGCCUGGAACGAGGCGUACUCUGACUUGGAUUUCAAGGGCUCAACGAAGCCGCCCAAGAAGCUGCGCAUGCAAACGCUGCUCCAACUAUGGACCGAAAUGGGUUACUUCUUGGAGUCGGGCGACAGACUCUAUCUGGGUCCACGCAGCAUCGUCGAGUUCGAGUUUUAUUUGCGCUCUAACUUUGCGGACACGAUCAAGGAAUGUGCCCUCUGCAAGCAGCUGGUGCUCUGGGACGUCAAAUGCUCAGAUUGUAACACUAAAAUCCACAGACUUUGCAUACGAAAGUAUUUACGUACCCGCUCCAACUGCCCAACCUGUGGCAACAAGUGGUCCACGCGACUUAGUCAAUAAGAAUUAUAAGAAUUAGCAAAUAUGUAUUUGGCGUAUGCUGAGAGUAUUUUAAAACGCCAAAUCUUUUAAAAUAAAUAAAAUUAUAAAAUUAAAUUAGUUGGAUAUAUAACAUAUUUUAAGAAUAGAGAACAGAAAGUGAAAUGUAAAGCAAUUAUAUUAAACAAAAUUGUUGUUCUAUAGACUAUUUACGUUAUGAUAAUAUAACUAUAGUUAUCGACUAGUGCCAAUUGUUAUUAAAGAACUCCUUAUAACUAUGAAUAUAAAUAUUACAAAUUACAAUUACUGACUAUUUAAAUACUUACCACUUAUCCGGAAGGAGAAGAGGAGCACUAGACGUCCGCACACUAAGUAAGCAGGAAAUCGACUGAAGCUGCGCUUGCCUGGCUUGACUUUAUAUUGGGACCUCUGAUGCCCGCUCGAUAUUGAGCUCGAGUCUUGAGCACAGCUCUGAGUUCGUUUUUACCCAUGAAAUCGACAGAGGCAGCUCAGCCCAGGCUUGACCUUGAAUCGGUCUGAUUCCCACCCGAAGCUGAUCUCAGCUGUGGAGACUUUUAUGACAAAUACUUUUAUAUAUCUAUAUAUACAUUUAUUUUAUAAUUUUAUAUAUACAAAGUAUACAGGUAGUCUAGCCUACCCUGAAUGUGAAAAAAAGGGAAUACAAGAGACAAUGAGCAUAUUAACGCUGUACUUCUAUGCUCACUCCAGUUGAGAGUCAAAGGUCUAGAGUGAGAGCGCAAUUACAGUUAUUUAAGUAAAGCUUUGCAGAAAUCGUAGACUCAAACGAAUCAAUAAUUAAAUAUGGCGUGGAUAAUAAUUUGAAAUUAGUUCAAUGUUAGUCUUCGAUAUGGAUGUGUGUGAAAGUUUUAAUAAGAAUCCUUUGAUGGACCCAAACUCGGCGCCGCCCUUUAUGAAACAGCGCCGCAUGGAUUGGCGAAAUGAAGUUUAUCAG